ACACGAACGGCAAACGCCAACCGGUAAAUGGCUUAAGGCUUACGCUUUACGAUACUUACAAAACUAUAAAAAGAAAGCAGGAAAAAAAAUAGAAUUGAAUAUAGAAACCGGGCGCGAAAUGAAAACAAUUGACAAUACCACGGCCACAGCCAAUCCCGGAUAUCGGCUCGUUCGUCUACACCGUCGAACAAUAGAUAAAAAUUCACAAAUAUUAGUUGAUAGAACCUAACGAAAAAACAAAAGCUGCACGAUUAUUAGUUUGCAAAAAUUAGCAAACACAAAAAAAAAAAACAAGUUUAUAUUUUCACAUAUUCAUGGUUAUCCACACAUACUUACAUAUCUCUACUCAAUAUGUUAAUGUGUAUAUAAUUAUUUAUAAAUCGCACGCCUCUGAUCGUCAAUCAAGCCGUGUAGUGAAGAAAUAUGCCCACAAAGUCUAUGUUUGAACAUAUAUUUUGUUAGUAAAAUGAUCAAUUGCCCAACGCCCUAGAACGUGAGAAAGCGAUAAGUGGUCAAAAUAUAGAUCUUGAAAAAAAGUGAAGUUAACCGUUAAAGUUAUUUCAAGUGCCAAACAACCAAGAAACAAAAUUUAAAAAGGAUAUAUAAUUGCCGUAUAAUAAAUAGCGAGCAUGAUGCGGUCACCAAACGGGCGAAUGCCUCAACAGGGUCUGAACAGACUUUGGAUAGCCACCAUUUGUGCCAUUACCGCUUUGAGUGGAUCAUUUGUGAGCCCCGUUUUCGGAGCACCUGCCAAACUUGAUGGUAUUGCGCCACCACCAGAAUCACCUUUCCCUUUAGAAGCACAACCGACACAAUUUUCCGAUGCGAUUGCUGCGGCUCUUAAUAAUGAUAAUGGUGAGAGUAACGGUGACAGUGGCGUUAAAGGCUUCAUCAAAAAUCAACCGUCGGCGGUCGAUAGUUAUGGUAAUCCGAUUGAGACGCUUAAACCCAUCGAUACACCUGAUGGGCGGAAGGUAAUCAGUGCGCAGGGUUUACAAUUUGAAAUACCCAACUAUGCUUCGGGCAUAACUGAGAUAAAGAAGCCGGCCGACGACUUACUGCCACCAUUCAUUGAUCCCAUUGCCGUUGCUGUGUCGACUGAUUUGGCUGAUGGAGCAACCAGAACGAGCUCAGUUCCAGAACCUGUGGCUACAGCAAUCUCGGCAACGACUGUGGAUGUGGAAAAUGCGAAAGGGGCAAAUGUGGUUAUAUCGAGUCAAACAGACAAGAAAUUACCAAACCAUAAUAUUAACUCAUUGCCAUCAUACAUACUUGAGCUAAACGACCCGGAUAUUGGAGGACCUGUGGAAUACAUGCCAACUGAUGAUGGAUCAUCUUUGAAAGUUAUCGCAUGGGAUUUAUUACCACCAAUAGAACAAGAACCUACAAUAAUCACUUCGGAAAAUCAUUUACCAAAACUUGUUUCUGGUAUCGAAGAUCCUACAACGCAUAAAAUUAGAGUAUCUUUAGCUGCGGAACAGAACUUCCGUGCACAAGCACCUCAAAUUGAUGUUUCCAAUAAAGGAAGUGUUUCCGUGGUAUCCCUUACUGGUCCGCAAGAAAAUAAGAUUCAUGCCACGAGUUCAACUACAAUUACUCCCAAAUCGACUACCGCGCGCACGACGAGGCCCACAACUACAACCACAACCACAACGACAAAAGCUAUUACAACAACUCGUCGUCCAACCACAACAACAACAACAACACGUCGUACCACAACUACUAGACGUAAUCCAACAACUACAACAACGACCACACCAGCACCACUUGAUCCAAACGACUUUUUCCAAUUAGAAAACGGUGACUCAUAUACUCUACCCUCAUGGUUAGCUGAUAUUGAUGACCCUGAAUUGGAUGCAGCAGUUAGUUUUAUUGCCCCAGAAAAUAUACACGAAUAUAAUGAUACUAUUUCGCGGGAUAUUCUCCCUCCACUUGAACCAUACACCGAUCUUAAUGACAUUGAGGUGCCAGAAGAUCUUCGUACAACUUCCACCACUACCAGCCGGCCUCGUACCACAUCUACGCCUUCUAAGUCUCGUCAAACGUUUAGUACCACCCCUAAAAGUUUUACUGUAUCCACACCUCGACCACAUUGGGUACGCGCAUAUCCCACAACUACCAAAACUACCACUACUACAACCACUCAAAGACCCAACUCUUUUGAUGAUCGUUUUUCCUCCAAUCAUAUAGCACAAACGCAUGAUUCGACAUUUGCAUCAACUUCUACCUUUCCCAAUUCGAAAGUGCACACGUCAUUCCUUAGUAAUAGCGUUAUCAGAACCACGACUAGCACGACGACACCAAAACCUCGACUAACGACAACGGCGGCACUUCCGCACCAUAUCAAUAGAUAUCAACAAGACAUCAAUAGAUUUAAUGAAAGUUCUUCCACUAUCGCAGAUUAUACAGCAAGUACUGAAGUGAAAAACAGUCAAGAAGCCGCAACAUCGAAAUUCUCUAAUUCAAAUCCAUUCUUACCAGCACUCAAUAGUGGUUCACGUCCAUUUUCGUCUCAGAAUGCAAAUAAAUAUACUACCAUCACGACAACGACUACUACAACUACAACUCCUGCAACUCCAAUAGAAGAAAAUCCGUUCGAUUCCGUCACUUUACCAUCGUGGUUAGCUGAUUUCGAUUAUCCCGACUUGGCUCCAGGUGUGCCGUUCAUAUACAAUGCUGAUGAAUCGAAUUCGGAUGUUUCCAAUGAUUUACUGCCACCUUCGCAGCUGUCUGCUGAAACAACAGAUACAACGAAACCAAUUUUCAUAACAUCCUCUCCCACAUCCUUUAACUCCUUUCAAAUUGCACCAAGUUCAACUAAUCGGCACGAUUCCACUUUUGCUUCCGCCUCCACCUCUACUACACGUACGCUCGCUUUUAAUAAUUCCCCAUCAAAAGUCAUCACAACAGCCAAACCAUUCAACAUCCAAAACCCAUUCGCGAAAGUGCCUAAUAGCAACAAUAACAAUCAAGAGGCAGUCACUUUGCCGCCAGUGCUAUUUAUUCCACCAACUGCAGAUGCCGAGAGUAAAUUCGACAUUGUGGCCUUUAACGAUGUCAGCAAGGCAGAUCCUCAUUUUGAUCGUGAAAACGCAGCAACAACAGCUGACCAAAUUCAUAACAAGAAACCAUCCUCAUCAAGUUUUAAUAAAAAUUUUGCAGCUCCAUUCGAACCAACGUCGACGGCUGGCAGCGCCGAUACAUCGGCUUCCACAGAUCAAGAUUUUGGCAGCUCAACGAAAACCACAUUUUCGAAGAGUAACGAAGGCAAAGUGAUUACUAACAACGUAUUUGGUACUUCCAGCGGCAUUACAACUGCAACUAAACAAGUUGGAUUGAGUGCAGGUACCACUGCCGGGCAAGCAGCUUUUGAAAAAGACUUCCAACAUAGUAGCAGCAGUUUCGUCGGAACUUCGAAUGCCUUCAAUAAGGCCUCAACUCCGAGCGCGUUCUCAACCUUCAACAAUGCUCAACAGAGCACGAAUUUCAAUAGUUUUAAUAACAAGGGCAGUAGUAGACCAGCAACUAAUGUAGAUACUGGAAAAUAUACUGGAGGUUUUGGCGGAUCUCCAGGUAUUUUGGGUAGUGGAAAAUUAGGUUCCGCAGUGCGAGCAGAUGGAUCCAUACGUCCUUCGAAUGGUGCAUUUACACAGGCAACGGCCAUUGCACCUACAGCAUCACCAAAGCUCCCAACGAAUCCUAACUUUGCAAAUCGCGUUGGAAUUUCAGCUUCCACUGGUUUCGGGAUCGAUACUGGAGUCGGUGCUAAUAAGUACCAAGGCACAUUUGGUGGGCCACCCGGAGUGUUGAUACCUUUUGACAAUGUCAAAAGCGGAUAAAUAGAAGUAAGGACAGCUACGAACUCAUCGCAGCAUCAAAGAUUAUUUAUUUAUAACAUACUUUUGUUUUUACAAUAUGUCAGAGAGUAGUAUUUUAGUAUAUCUUUCGAAAUUCUGGUUACAUUGUAUUUCGAACAAGUUAAGACAAUGUUAAUCCCAUAGUUUUCUAUAUGUGCAUAUGUAUGUAUGAUUAUGAGUUUAACAUUUUAUGUAAUUAAAAAUAAAAAUUUAAAAAUUGCUUAUAACUUAUUUGGUUUUCAAAUUUGAACAAGAAAUAUAUAAAAUAUAUAUUUAUUUUCAGAUGUUUUAUUGUUUAGAAAAUUAAUGCGAAACUUGUUAAACCAGAGAACUUGUAACAAUGAGAAGGUGCAAAUCGAAUUUUGUAUGAUUCUAAUGCUAAAUAAGGAUUAGAUUACAACAGAGUUUACUUUCAAAGAGGAUAAAUUCAAUCAAAUUAGAUUCAGAGCUACUGAUCGAAAACGACGGAUUAAUCGGACUUAACGAUAUUAACUUCGGUGAGGUUUGUAGAGAUGAUGUUGUGCCAGCGGCAUUAUUUUGAUCACUAUCCUGUGCUGUAGUCGCCUGAGCUACUAUAGAUACGCCAGGUGAUGUUCAAAAUGAACUAACUGGAUUUGUGCUGGAUAUGAUAUUUACAUUUUACGUACGGUCCAAUUUCGACUAAAUACGUCCGAGGACAAAGUAGGUAUUUAUUUCAAUCCUCCGGGUUUUAAUAUUCGGGCAAGAAUUCAAGGGGUUACGAUUGAUAAAGACUACCUUUUUUUUGUUUUUUGACUGAUGUUGAGUAGCUUGUUGUCAGACUGGGCUGCCAAUGGAUUUGUGCUACCACCAGCCGAAGGCAAAGUGAUCACAAUUCUACUGGCAUGGUAGUGUGUAAAGCUAUAUGCGCGUAUACAAAAUCGAUCAGAGUAAACAUAUCGAAGCAUCAAAGGUUGUUUAUUUAUAAAACUUUUGUUUUACAAUAUGUCAAAGAGAAGUAUGUUACACCUAAUUCUGUGUUCACAUUCAGGGGUGUUGUAGAAUCUGAUAGUUGUCGGAAUCAGAAUUGAAACCGAUAAAAAAAAUUUAGUAGGUGUCAUGGAUUCAGAUAUUAUUGAUUUGACGUUUGAAACAGAAAUUGUAUUGGUUUUGGGUGUCACGGAAACCAAUUUUAUCGAGUUAUCAGAAACAAAGCAAGAUAAUUUUUGCUGACAGAUUUGAAAUAUAAGUUAAGAAAUUUCACAUAUGACUCCCCUGGUAUAUCAAGUGGGCUACUGUGAUGUUUUAAUAUCUUCCUUUUAAUUUUUUCGUUGCCUAUUUUUCUUUCAAUAUAAUAAACUCAUUGUAAACUCUAGUAGCCUUCAUGCAGCAUUUCAAAUUUAUCAAACGUUUGCAAAUUUAUUCAUUUGCAAGUUUUGUCACAUUAGUAAACAGCUGAUUCGAAUAUUGGUUUUGCAUAUGUUCGAAAAGACGAAAAUCCAAUCAGACUCUGUGACACCAUUGAAAAUUAGAAUUUUAGCACGAUCCAAAAUUUUUUGGGCUUGAAUUUUAUGACAGAUUAAUUUUUGCGAGAUAGGUUCAUAAGGGGAACGAUCAAUGUCGGUUUUUUUCAAUUUUUUUUUUACAUGGUUUUUUCUGGAACCAAUCAACCGUGUAAAAACUGAAUUAGGUGUAUUCUAGUAUAUCUUUCGAAAUUCAGAUUACCUUGGAUUUCGAACAAGAGAAUGUU